GCCAUUCCGCUGCCAACGUUUCGAUCAGAUUCGUUUGUCGUUUAUCGGUGGAACAAUGUUUCCGUUUAGAUCGAGUUUCCCAUUUUGGAUAUUAUUGUUAAUUGUGGCAAGUUGGGCCUUUGCGCAGGAUACGCUACUCGAAGAUAAGAAUUUAGCAACUUAUGAGGAAGUAAAGGAUAUACCGAAUCAUCCGGAGAAAUACUUGAUUGAUGUAAGAAGUAGAGAAUUAGUGGAAAAAGACGGCGUCAUACCAGGCAGCAUUAUUAUACCAUUCAUGGAAUUGGAAAAGGCUCUCAUGAUGAACGAUAAAGAAUUUAAUAUGAAAUAUGGCCGUGAAAAACCGCCACGAGAUGCAGUUGUGAUUUUCUCAUGUUUAGGCGGUCAGUACGCGCAAAUGGGUUCGGAUUUGGCCAGGAAACACGGCUGGGAGAAAGCCAAGCCGUAUUUGGGUUCAUGGCUGGAGUGGUCCAAAAGAGAAGGAUUAGAUUAACUCUCUAUUUAUGCCAAGAAAAAAAAAAAACAAUAAUUCUAAGUAUAUGUAUAUAUUAUGACACUUCAAACUUAACAACGUCAAUACGUUGCACAGAUACGAUAAAAAUAAAAUAAAAUACACUCUGCGUAAGUGAGUGUAAAAUGCAA